UGAAGAGAGCUGUAUGAUUCAUUCUAACGCCACUACAGUAUUAUACAAGUCGCACGCUGAUCGAUAAACAACUAUAAGCUUUUGCAUAUUUUUUAAACGAUUCAGCGAAACAUCAGUUAAAGUAUAAGGUCAAGAUUUCGAGGAUGGCGAUGCUUGUCAGAAGAAUUGUGCGUUCGAAGAAAAAUUUUUUCGUACGAAAAUUUUCAAAAAGCACAAAGGAGAUAAGAUGGGACAACUUUCUACGUAAUAGCCACAGAACAUUGCUUAGAAAAUUCAUCGAGGAACAUUCUGAUGUGAUGAACGCGAUCUUAAAAAAUACCGAGAUCACUUGCGAUCAUCUGACUCCGGAAUUGAAAUUAUUUCUGUUGACGAAGAAUUGUCCCUUAUAUCACGAGCCUUUCAUCGAAAAAUGUGAGAAUAGCAGAUUCGAUCCUUCGAUCAGAAACGUAUUCCAGGAUCCGUUUUGGUCUAUAUAUUGGCCCGGAGGUCAAGCACUGACGAGAUUCAUUCUCGACGAGAGAAAAAAAAUUAUAACAAUGCGACAUACGAGAAAAGAUACAUUAAGAAUUUUGGAUUUGGGUGCGGGAUGUGGUGCUACGGCAAUAGCUACGAAAUUAACUUUUGGGACCUGCAAGAUUAUUGCGAAUGAUAUCAGCAAAAUCGCCUGUGUAGCUAUUGCGAUGAAUGCAAUAUUAAAUAACGUGAACAUUGAGAUAUCGUGGAAAAACCUGUUGCAAGAAUUACCGGAGGAUACAUACGAUGUGAUUUUUGUCGGUGACUUAUUAUACGAUGAAGAGAUAGCAAACACUUUAAUUGUGUGGUUGGAACACGAGUACAUACGAGGUGCGCAAAUUUAUCUGGGAGAUCCGGGAAGACACGGAUUAACUGAAGAUCUUAGGAAGCGAAUGAGAUUAUUGCGACGAUAUUCUUUGCCUGAGAAUGUCAGGAAGGAAAAUUAUGGUUUUGAUACGGCCACUGUAUGGGAGUUUAAUCCGAGUAAUUAUACAUGUAGAAUUUAAUGUAAAACAAAGAAAAAGAAAUAACAUAUGUAUUAGAAGA